UGGGAAGGUGUCGUUGGCACAUUCAAGGACCAGCCCCCUCAUGGCAAUGAGCAGAUGAACCCUCAUCCAAGACCUGCAGUGUGGAUUUGAAGGAGCGCUACAAUGGAUGAGGUGCGAACAGACGGCAAUUCUCUGCUGAAGGCCAUUUAUCUGAGUCGUCUGCGUCUAACUCGGCUGCUGCUGGAGGGAGGGGCAUACAUCAACGAGAGCAACGAACACGGAGAGACGCCACUAAUGGUGGCUUGCAAGACACGCCACUCAGACAAACAGAGUGUUCCCAAACACAAGAUGGUCCAGUAUCUCCUGGAAAAUGACGCAGACCCAAACAUCCAAGACAAGAGUGGGAAAACCGCCUUGAUGCACGCGUGCCUCUGCCAGGCCGGGAGUGAAACUCUGUCCCUGCUGCUGGGCAACGGCGCCGAUCCAACUCUGCAGGACAACACGGGCUUGUCAGCGGUGGUCUACGCCAUCCAUACAGGCAACAGGGACAUCGUCAAGAUCCUCUUGGACGCCUGCAAAGCAAAGGGCAAGGAGGUGAUCAUCAUUGCCACCGACAAGCUGGCAUCCGGCCAUCAGAGCACAAAGCAGUACUUAAACGUUCCUCCACCUUCGGACCCCGAGGAGCGUUUCUACUCUGCUCCGACUUGCUCUUCUCAGCGCCGGCUUCCUCCGCAGGGGUCCUCAGCCAACGCAUCUCCCCAGCCUGAAAGUACAAAGAACUCAAAUGUUGCCGUGGGUGAAUUUCAACCAGGUUCUCCUGGUAAACCUCCUAGUCCGUUAUUUGUGGAUAAGCGCCUUGGUCUCCAGAGACUCCACUCAGAGCAGUGGUCUAAAGGUCCAUCCUUGUUGCUUCAGAAGAGGCAGAGCUCCUUGCUGACAGAAGAGCAGGUGGAAGAAGGUCUGAGCCUCCAUCGACCUCCUAUUAGUACGGACGUGAAAGAUGGCCUCCUCAACAACAUGUCAGGCGAUGACGACAAAACUGGAUCUGGAAAGCGCUUCGCUCGAAAGAUGUCCUACGAUAGUUCUUCUUCGCACCCCAACUUGCAUCAGGAGAACAAUCAAACCUUUUCCACCUGUGCCAGCGAUCGUCCGUACGACAGUCUUCGACACUUCAACAUUUCCAGUCUGCAAAACGUGAUUUUCCGGCGCAACAUCGGCGUGGACCAUUACAGUUCCGACUCUCAGUUGCUGCAGUUGGACAGCAAAGACAGAAGCUCCAAAGGAGCCGGACCAGCCAGGCCCAAGAUGGCCAACAGCAGGUCCUCCACCCUGUCCGGUUCCAGAGAGUCUUUGGAUUAUUCUGUUGUACGGAGAGGAUCGGGGGCACUCCUUCAGGAUCACAUCGCCUCCACUCGACCCGGGUAUCUCCCGCCUCUGAACCCCCACGCUCCUAUUCCGGACAUCGGUGUCAGCUGCGGCUCCUUGUGUCCUAGCGCUGGGAGCGGCAAAGCGGUCAGUGUUGCUUUUAAAGAUCCCCAGCCCGCUCUGCCCUGUGUUUUUCCAAGGGACCUGAAGUCCAAUAAAAUGCUGUGGAGGCGUCACUCCAUGCAGAGCGAGCAGAUUAAGCAGCUGGCCAACUUUGAAGAAAAGUAGGAACACUGAAAUUUAGUUUUUUACAUUCAUA